AUGGAUAGUAAGCUUCUUUACCUUCUUUCUACUUUAUAUCUGAUUUGGAUUUUUCGAAGCUUGAGGUACCAAAAGAAAGCUGCAAAGUUAGUCCAAGACUUCACUGCUGGUGCCAAUGAAGUAUUUGCAACUCCAGAAGCUAGUAUUGGCUUUCAUACUGAUUGUGGUUUCUCAUAUGUAUCCCAUCUUCCUGGGCAUCUUGGGGAGUUCUUUGCCUUAACAGGAGCAAGAUUGAAUGGUAAGGAAUUGGUUGCAGCUGGAUUGGCAACCCAUUUUGUCCCUCUUGAGAAGCAUUUGAUAAGCUUAAACUCUGGAGAUGAGAAUGCAGUCAAAGCUGCGAUUGAAGAAUUUGCAGUGGAAGUCCAGCCUGAUGAAGAAAGUGUUUUAAACAAAUACAUCACAAGGAUAAGGAAAGGUCUGAUACCAGCUGGUUAUGUCACUGUCAGGGUCGGAUUAGCUCUUGGAGAGUUGCGAAAGGAAAAUAAUUUCCUAAGAAGCCUUUGGCCAGUAACUAAUCCACCUUCAAGUCAAGAACAUCUUUUACAUCCUCAACUUUUACAAAAGCCUCUCCGCCACCCAUUCCUUGCUUGA